UGCGCACUCCAUCCCUCCGGCCGAUAUCAACCCAGCCCAGCUCGAUCGAAGCGCCCGCGCGCGGCAUGAGAUGAGGGCCGGAGACAGCAGGAUGGAGGCCGACCGCCGCCACCACCACGAGAGCGAGAGGGCGGCUGAGGCGGGCGCGGGCCAUCACCACCGCCACGGGAGGCACAGGCGGCGGUACCCGGACGAGGACAGGCAGCGGUACCCGGACGAGGACAGGCAGCGGAGCUCCCCGUUGGUGUGGAUGGCGGUGAUCCUGUGCACGCUGCUGGCCAUCGGCAUCAUCGUGGUGGGCGCCGCGGUGUUCGCCGUCUACCUCAUCUACAAGCCCCACAUGCCCUACAUGGUGGUGACCAACGCGUACCUCCAGCAGCUCGACUACAGCCCCGCCGACGGCGUCAUCCGCGACAUCCAGGUGAGGGCGGACGUGCUGGCCAGGAACACCAACUCCAAGGUCAACGCCUCCUUCUCCAGCUUCAACAUCGACGUCAGGUUCCACGGCACCACCCUGCUGCAGCUGCGGGCCGAGACCUUCAGCGUCGCCCGGGAGAGCUCCAUCACGCUGCCGUACAGCGGGAGCUCGCGCGGGGCCAAGCUGGACCUCGCCGGGAUGCGGGCCAUGGAGGAGGCGCUCAGGUCCCGGGUGGUGCCCAUCACCCUCUCCGGCAAGGCGCGCACCCGGUGGAGGAUGGGCAUCUUCCUCAAGGUCGCCUUCUGGACGCGCCUCAACUGCCCCCUCAGCUUCAGCUACCCGCCCGGCAGCGUCAUGCCCAUCGACCACGAAAGCUGCCGCUCCAGGUCGCCGUAGCACGCCGCUCCUCCUCUGGCUCUGCUUCGCCCUCCUUUGCUCCACCCUGCUCUGCUCUGCUCUGCUUAGCCCGCCAAUGGCGUAUACUCUGCUAUUCUAUUCAUUAUAGGUUCAUUCGUCGUAGCGACAGGAACGUACAUAUCAACAUAUGCAGUUCUUAUACAGCAUUCCCGAAGAAGAAAAUUACUUGUACAGCCAUACAGGCAAACAAUGCUGAUAGCAGUACUGUGUAAAUAGCCGCAGCCACAUAGAGUCGGGCUAAUUUGUGGUUCUGUACAGAGUUCAACUCCAUCUCCUUCCGUUUACAGUUUAAUUUAUUGAUUAUUACUUGCAAUCGAGUUGUGGUGCGAAGAUCUACUUCGUAAAAGAAGCGUAGAUUGUUAAGACGCGGCACGAUAUCAUAUCAGCAUGUAAUUUGAUGAAAUGUCUCUGUAAUCCAAUGAGAGUUGUCGGUUCU